AUGGGCAACGACACGAAGCUUGUGACUGAUUUACUGCGCCGUUUGUCAACCACCUUCAAAAUUCGGGAUCUGGGCACGUCGAGCUUCUUUUUAGGGAUUGAAACGGUUACAACAGACACGGGACUGAUUCUCUCCCAACGUCGGUAUAUGAAGGACCUACUGGGCCGCGCUGGUAUGACGGACUGCAAGCCUCUUGCUACACCAGCUGCAGUAACCAAGGCAGUAACACCCUCGGAGGAAUUAUUUGACAAUCCCACACAAUACCGGCGCAUCGUAGGUGCCUUGCAGUACGUUACUAUUACCAGGCCAGAUCUGUCAUACGCUGUAAACAGGUUGUGCCAGUUCAUGCACUCGCCAACAGUUGAUCACUGGGCUCUGGUUAAACGUGUCCUGCGCUACAUCAAGGGGACUCUCGAUUACGGGCUGUGUCUCACACCAUCCGCAUCCACCGCCUACAUGCCUACUCCGACUCUGACUGGGCUGGGUGUCCGCUGGAUAGGAAGAGUACGAGCGGGUAUGCAGUCUUUCUGGGUAAGAAUCUCAUAUCUUGGUUAUCCAAGAAGCAACGCACUGUUGCACGUUUGUCAACAGAAGCCGAAUACAAAGCCCUUGCUGAUGUUUCCGCCGAGGACGAAACACGUUGAGAUUGACUACCACUUUGUCCGUGACAAAGUAGCAUCUGGGAAUUUUCUGGUCAACUAUGUGUCUACCACUGAUCAGCUAGCAGAUGUCUUCACCAAACCAUUUCAGGACCGCGGUUUGCUGCUUUACGGGACAAGCUCAAUGUGGAGGCUUUCCGACCUUGUGCUUGAGGGGGUGUGUUAG